AUGGAUGUGGAAGAAGGGGUUAUUAGAGAUAAUGCUUCUGCAUCACCCCCUAAAUCAAGAAUCACACACCAAUCUAGGGCUCUUGUGUCAAUACGUCUGCUUCAGGUUUUGUUAUUGUUUCUUGUUUUGACUCUUGGGAUCUCGGUUGUUGGUAUACACAUGAUCAAGUUCUUCAAGAUUCAAGAUCCUGUGGCUUCUUCAACCACUUUGAUUUCUAUGUAUGAUCAUGGAGAUGUUACUUUAGAGACCUUUAUUAGGCCUCCUUCGAAUGUUUGGCACACUAUGGAUGAUAGUGAAUUGCUUUGGCGCGCUUCGAUGGAGCCACGGAGACAUGUCUAUCCGUUUAAAAGAGUUCCUAAACUGGCUUUCAUGUUUCUAACCAAGGGGCCUUUACCAUUUGCUCCACUCUGGGAGAUGUUCUUUAAGGGACAUAAGGGUCUUUACUCAAUCUAUGUCCAUGCAUUGCCUAAUUACAGAUCGGAUUUUGAAAGUUCAUCUGUGUUUUACAGAAGAUACAUCCCAAGUCAGGCUGUGGCAUGGGGAGAGAUGAGUAUGUGUGAAGCUGAAAGGAGGCUUCUAGCUAAUGCGUUGCUCGAUAUAUCUAAUGAAUGGUUUAUCCUGCUAUCUGAAUCAUGCAUUCCGCUGCGCGGUUUCGGCUUUUUGUAUGGUUAUGUCUCUGGAUCAAGAUAUAGUUUCAUGGGUUGUGCUGAUGAGGAAGGACCUGAUGGAAGAGGAAGAUAUAGAAAUGGAAUGGAACCUGAGAUCACACUUAGUCAGUGGAGAAAAGGGUCUCAGUGGUUUGAAAUAAACCGGAAACUCGCUCUUGAGAUUGUUCAAGACACCACUUACUAUCCCAAAUUCAAAGAGUUUUGUAAACCACCAUGUUAUGUUGAUGAACAUUACUUCCCUACAAUGUUGUCUAUGAAACAUAGGAUUUUUCUGGCGAACAGGACACUGACAUGGACAGAUUGGUCACGUGGUGGUGCUCAUCCAGCUACUUAUAGUAAGGCUGAUAUAACGGAAGAUUUCCUCAAGAAGCUUCCAGGAGCUAAAGCCUGCUUCUACAAUGAUCAGAGAUCUCCUGUUUGUUAUCUCUUUGCUAGAAAGUUUUCUCCGAGUGCACUGGAACCCUUGCUGGAACUUGCACCCAAGAUUCUUGGGUACUAA